ACAACGGCUCAGUAGGAUAUGGCGCCCAGCUCGAAAUCUGAAAAGGACGAUAGCAAACAGAAACCACAAAGAAAACAUAAAGACCAUGUCGUAAAGCUUCUAGUACGUGGCAAGCUGUCAGGACAGUUUUCUCAGCGCCUGUUUAGGAAGCUGCCGCCUAGAGUUUGUGUCCCAUUGAAGAACAUUGUCAGCGAGGAGUUUCUCAGAGCGGGGCACAUCUUCCUUGGCUUCACCAGAUGCGGCCGCUACGUUCUGUCUUACACCAGCGACUGCGGAGAGGACGACGAUUUCUCUUUUUACUCCUACCACCUCUACUGGUGGGAGUUCAACCUGCACAGUCGACUCAAACAGGUCCAUCAUGUGCGACUGUUUGCAGGGGAGGAAAUCUACAGCGACCUGUACCUCACCGUGUGUGAAUGGCCAAACGACCACACCAAAAUUGUCAUCUUUGGUUUCAAUACACGCAGCUCAAGUUCUGUGUUGAUGAACCUGAUGAUGAGUGAUGAGAAUAACCGGGAUAUCUACAUCACCAUUGCCUCCAUGCCUCCGUCCCAGCCGUGCUCAAAGUGCUGUCCGCUUCCUUCAGCCACAACCAUACGAACAGGAAGUGGUGAGUGCCUUGAACACGGGUAUGUGCUGAACAGCAGGUACCAGGUGGUGUACCCGUUUCCCACGUUUCAGCCAGCUUUCCAGCUGAAGAAGGACCAGGUCGUCUUGUUGAACACUAGCUACUCUCUGGUGGCCUGCGGCAUCUCGCUCUGCCCUGAAAAACAAGACCAAUCAUCCCAGAUCCUUUACACGAAGGGAGCUGCCCAGUCAACUCAAACCUCAUCCUCUCUUUCCUCAACAUCACCUGAUUCUUCAUCGUUACCCCAGGGAUCUCCAGAAAGCCGACUUUUUCCCUGCAGGACCCCUCCGGUUCCCUCGUCGCCCAGCCAAUCGCAAGCAGCCAUGAGAGCCCGGGAGUUUGCAGCCGACCUUUUCCGGCGAGCCCAGGGAGGGUUUGGAGCAGCCAGAGAGACUGAGUGCCCCGGGGAGAGGAGAACAGCUGACGGUGACGACAAGGAGGCACCGCAAAAAGCGGCGGAUAAAGGGAUUAACACAGGCCCCUCAAGAGCGGAGGAGGAUUGUAAAGACAGGAGAGCAGAGGACAGACGGACUAGCUCACAGCAAGCAUCUACGUCAUGCGGAAGCCCUCGUCUCGCCGCGUCUUCCGCCUCUCCUCCAUCGUCACUUCCAUCAACCUCAGCGCCGUCCUCAAGCCAGCAGCCGAGCCCCAACGAACCCGGAUACGUCAACUACUCUCGUCUCCAUUACCGCCUCCAACAGCAGGGGGCAGCAGAGCAGAGUUCAGGAGAAUCUGGGGGCUAUGAGGACGAUAAAGUCCAGCUGCCCUUCACUGUUACCGAUCUAAAAGGAAGAAACCUGCAGCUGGUCACUGGGCCGCAUAAUGGACAGAGUGUUUGUGUAGAACAGCUGACUCUGGAUUUCGAGUAUCUCAUCAAUGAGGUGAUCAGGAACGACGCUGCCUGGGCUCCUCUGUUCUGCUCCUUCAGCGAUUAUGACGUCGUGAUACUAGAGGUUUGCCCAGAGACCAACAUUGUGAUGAUCAACAUUGGUCUGCUGCUGUUGGCCUUCCCUGUCUCAGACGAGGAGCACUGCAGGCCAAACACAUACCAUUCCAACCUACAGGUCAGUUGGGACCUUAACACAGGUGUGUGUCGCACUGUGGGUGUGGGUGACUUAACGGAGGUUAGGGGGCAGACUAGUGGGAGUGUGUGGAGUUCCUACAGAAAGUCGUGUGUGAACACCGUGAUGAAGUGGUUGGUUCCUGAGAACAGCUCCCGCUACAUCAACCGCAUGACCAACGAAGCUCUGCACAAAGGCUCAUCUCUGCAAGUGUUGGCAGACAGUGACCGAUGCACCUGGAUUGUAUUAUGAAGGGAAAUUUGGAAGAAACAAGAGUUACAGAAACCAAAUCACACAUUCACCCAUGAAGACGGGUUCUCUCUUCAGCGAAGAGCUCACGUCACAGCAGCACUCUCCACUGUAGAGGUUUUAAGUUUAAAAGUCUAAUUAAAACUAACCAAACAAAGGCUUGUCUGCUGCAGAUUUGUUUUGUUUAUAGAUUUGUAGUUGUUUUGUAAAUCUUUACUGUAAUAUUGCAGCCACCGAAACCAGGAGCUGAACAGAACAAAGAUGUCUUUUGUACUUUGUUUGGGUUUUUUUUUUUGUUUUUUUUUACACAGGAAGGUAUGCUGUUUUAAACCAGAACCAGCUCUGUACUGUUUUCAUAUUCCUGUCAUUAUCAUCUCCCAACUGGAUUAGAAAUGACUGACUGACUGGAAAUAUUUUUGUUAAAUUAAAAUAUCUGAAUUUAAA